GCAGGACACAUAGAGCGUUGCUUCACGUAAGGCUCUACCAUGGCAGGUAUUUUGUUUGAAGAUAUUUUUGAUGUAAAGGACAUUGAUCCUGAAGGGCGAAAGUUUGAUCGAGUUUCACGUCUACAUUGUGAAAGUGAAUCUUUCAAGAUGGAUCUCAUCCUUGAUGUGAAUAUCCAGAUGUACCCUAUGGACCUGGGGGACAAAUUUCGACUGGUUAUUGCCAGCACAUUGUAUGAGGAUGGAACUUUAGAUGAUGGUGAAUACAAUCCAAUGGAUGAUCGACCCUCCAGAGCUGACCAAUUUGAAUAUGUUAUGUAUGGAAAGGUUUAUCGGAUAGAGGGGGAUGAAACCUCUACGGAAGCUGCUACUCGUCUGUCUGCAUAUGUAUCGUAUGGAGGACUACUGAUGAGGCUCCAGGGAGAUGCCAACAAUUUGCAUGGAUUUGAAGUAGAUUCUCGUAUUUAUCUAAUGAUGAAAAAGCUUGCAUUUUGAGAAAUGAGAAAACGUGAAGAACUAUACAUAGCAUGAAGCACAGUAUUGAGCUGUGGAUUGGACUCACACUCUACUUGGAAUUCAUGUCCAUCGAUUUUGUAUUUAGUGAAAUAUUGUUUUUUUUUAUAUUGGUUAUUUUGACAAUAUUCAGAAAAUGUAAAUAAAGUAUCUUUAUUC